GCAGCUGUCUGUUCAAGUAAUAACCUCGAGCUCAGACUCCAGGUGUAAACAACAGGCAGAGACAACUGUGAGGGUCAAGUUGAACUCCAACCAAACAUGGUUUUUAUUGUUCUACUCCUGUUGAUCCCAGCGUGCUUUUGCACAUCAGUAUUUUAUCCUGUUGACUGCAAUGACGUGUAUGUCAGGGGCUUUGGCGACAGUGGUGUUUACACCAUUUACCCAGCAGGACCGGUGUCUCCUGUUCAGGUGUACUGUGAAAUGGAUCCUGAUGGCCAAUGGACUGUCCUGCAGAAAAGAUUUGAUGGAUCUGUGAACUUCUAUGCGCCAUGGGCCUAUUUCAAGGCAGGAUUUGGAAAAGCAACUGGAGAAUAUUGGCUGGGUCUGGAGAACAUCCAUCUUCUUACUAUGAGAAAGGCAUAUGAACUGAGAUUUGACUUGGAAGACUUUAUUGGAAACAAAGUCUAUGCUACUUAUUCCUCCUUCUCCGUGGGUUCAGAAAGUGAAGACUAUGAGCUUGGAGUUGGUGGCUUCACAAAUGGAGGGGCUGGAGAUUCACUCGGGUAUCACAAUGGUAAGAAAUUUACAACGUGGGAUCGGGAUAACGACAACUGGGGUUCAAACUGUGCUUUUAAGUACAAAGGAGGAUGGUGGUAUGGAUCUUGCCACACAUCUAACCCCAAUGGAAUAUAUGCAUGGGGCCCCUCAGAAUUUGGCACUGGGAUCAACUGGAACUCUUGGAGAGGAUAUGAAUAUUCUCUCAAAGCUAUUUCAAUGAAAAUCAAACCUGUGGUGGCAAACACUCCUUAAGACAGGCACGUAGACUUCUUAUUCAAAAGAGCAUUUUGUUUUCAUAAACAAAAACAAAAAAGCUCAUGACAUGAGAGUAAUGUCAAUCAAUGAAUAAAGAAGUUGUACCUGUUUCCAUA